GCUGCUUCCUGUGUCACAGCAAAACAACAAUCACAUGAAGCGGCUCGCUGCUCUAAACAGAGAUAACUCUGUUACAGUGUUACAUCUCUCUCUCUGACCAACACAGUCUACUUCAGAAGACAGGAAGCAUUUGGUCUGAGUCGUUUAUUUUUAAACUAAACACGGACCAGAAGAGAUAAAUAGCUCCCGUUAGCUGUGAUGGCAACACCGACUCCGCAGAUCUCUGCUCCUGUGAUCAGUCAAAAGCAACGCAAGGCUGCUCUGAGGAAAGAGAGAAGAAAACGGAAACGCCAAGCUCUCGCCCAAGCCAGAGAGUGUGGGUUAAAAAGUGGAGCUAGCGGUACGCCUGAAGAAGAAGAAAUAAAUGAUGAUGAUGAUGAUGAUGAGGAUAAUGAUAUUGCUGAGGCAGAAAGACAGCGGCUACAUGAAGAGUGGCUGGAAAAAGAGAGGCUUGCCCAGGAGGAAUUCAGGCUGAGAUGUGAGCGGGAGGAAGCUGCGCGGAAAAGAAAAGAGGAGGACGAGCGGAUGAUAAAGGAGGAAUGGGAGGCCCAGCAGAAGAGAGAACAAGAAGAGAGAGAGCAGAAGCAGCAGGAGAAACGAGGCAGAGAGGAGGCCGUUCAGAAAAUGUUGGAUGAAGCUGAAAGCCAGCUAGAAAAUGGAGGACCUUGGAUGAAUCCUGAGGCUCCUGUGACAGAGAGCUCUGAGAACUUUGGGACAGAGCGCGACGUAGCCAAUUGUCCGUUCUUCCUUAAGACUGGAGCAUGUCGAUUUGGAGACAGAUGUUCUCGGAAGCACGUUUAUCCCACAGCCAGUCCGACUCUGAUGAUCCGCGGUAUGUUUGUAACGUUUGGCAUGGAGGAGUCGCGGCGUGAUGAUUACGACAUCGACGCUUGGUUGGAACACAGUGAGGAGGAGCUGCAAGAGUCUUUUCUCGACUUCUACCACGAUGUCCUGCCAGAGUUAAAGAGUGUCGGCAAGGUGUUGCAAUUCAAGGUCAGCUGCAAUUAUGAACCGCACCUGAGAGGAAAUGUUUACGUUCAGUUUGACACAGAGGAGCAGUGUAAGGAGGCCUUCAUCAAGUUCAAUGGGAGGUGGUAUGCAGGCCGGCAGCUUCAUUGUGAAUUGUGCCCUGUUACACGGUGGAAGAAUGCUAUAUGUGGAUUGUUUGACAGACAGAAAUGCCCCAAAGGGAAGCACUGUAACUUCCUGCAUGUAUUUAGAAACCCUGGCAAUGAAUUCUGGGAGGCCGACAGGGACCUGCACUUGUCACCAGACCGCACCGUCAGGGGGAGUCGCAGAGACGGAUGGCAUUCGGAGCGAUACGGUGACCGAUCGUGGAGGCAGCGUCGCUCCAGCAGAAGCCCGCCAAGAUCAGAGAGAUCCCACAGCAGACGAGAGAGCGACAGGCAGAGGAGCAGAAGCAGGAGUAGGAGCAGAGAGAGGAGGGCUUCCUACCAGCACAGAGAGGACAAAUGGUCAUCCAGGUCAAGACACAGUGAUAGGAGGAACGAUUGGUAUCUGAACAGAAGCAGAGACAGGUCGAGGAGCAGAAGUAGAGACAGAGAGCCAGACAGGCUGAGAAACAGGAGUAGAGAAAAAGACAAGGAGCACAAGUAUAGGAGUAGAAGUGAAGAGAGAGACAGUAGAGACAAAGAUACAGACAAUCAUGGGAAGGCAAGAGACAGGUCAAGAAGCUCAAGCAGAGAGGGGGAAAGAACAAAACACAGCAGAGAAAGGAGCCCCAAGAAACAGGAUAAAAAUGGCGAUACCAGCACACGCCGCCACCGCCACAAACAGUCCAAAAAGAGCAAGAAAAAGAGCAAGAAGAAGCAUAAGAAGAAGAGAGAUUUACCUGAAGGAACGACCUCAUCUGGAGAGUCAGACAAGGAGAAAGAGUCAAAGGAAGAGACGGUGGAGGAUCUCACUGAAACGAGCCCCGGUCAGGAGAUAAACAAAACCGAGCAGAUGGAGAAAAACAAUGACUCUGAUGAGAGUCAGUGUUGAAAGUGAGAAAUUUAAUCUUGCAGGGGGAAGUGAACAAUCUAACACAGAAAUAGGAAAUGAAAAGUGAGCCCUGUGGGUCCAACAUUUGUUUUGCGCUUUCUUUUUUUAACUAUGUGGAUGUAUGUACAGCAGUGAUACUUUAAGUUAGCGCCCAUCACCAGGAUGUAUACAUCAGGAUGUGACUAUUUUGCUUUUGGAAAAUGAAAACGUUCUUUUAAUUACUGAACACUUGAUCAACUGGAGCUGUGGCACUAAAUGAUGAUUGUUGCAGAGUAAAAACAACAUAAAACAAGCGAUAAACAAAUGAGUUUUCUUUUUUUUUUAAUACAUUUAUUGUUAAUAACUUUCAAAUAUAAGAAAAGCAUGUUGGCAAAUGUGUUGGCAGUGUUUAAUACAAAAAGUGAUUUUUAUUUUAGCUUUGCACAAAUCAAAGAUGAACCUGUUUAAUACCUACUUCUGAAUGCUCAACAAAAACACUUUGUGGUUUUAAGAAUGCACUUUUAAAAAAAUGUGGGAUGAGUAUCUAUUCAUUACUUGUUGGCUUGUUUUCCUGCAUCCUUCUGACAAGAUAACAAGCUGCCAGUAAUGAAUAUUAAUGAUGUACCCUGAUAUGUGCAGUUCAUCAUCUUCUGUUCCUACUCCAUAAAGAAACUCAGGAUAGACCUGUCUUUAAAUGGAUUGGAAAAAUGACAUAAUACUGGUAUAUUGAGGCCAAAUAAUCGUUUUCAAACAUCUCUUUUAUAUGCCAUGUAAUCCUUUCAUAGACACCAUUGAGAAGGUAUAACACAGUGUUCUUUGGUCAUAUGUUAGUCUUUAAGAGUAAGCCAAA